GGUGAGAACAGUGGCAGAGGGAUCGACCAUUGUGAUGAAGGCAGUGAAUGCAAAUUCGAGGAAGAUGCUGCAGCGAGCGAUUAGUUGUGCUCCGCGUGGGCAGCGUUUCCAGUGGCUUCUGAAAGUUCAGGUGGGAACGCAAUCCAUCUCGCCUCUGUACUGGGCCAUUCAGAGUGGAAAUCUUGCCGCAGCAGAGGCCAUCAUGCAAGACCUGCUGGUCCUCCGUGCAGACCGAGAGAGGUAUUACUAUGGCAAUGAUGCACUUUUCGAGCGUCACCAGGACAUCAUCAACUGUUUAUGCCGUGAGGCACCGAUGCUGAUUCCUAUUCUGCUGGAUGGAUUGAUCUGGCGAUCUCCACGCACAGAGAAGGGCCUGCGCAGGGUCAACUAUUAUGUGAAGCAUCUCAUUGUCAAUCAGGAGGGUGAACCUGCUGAAUUUUUGCGAGAGAUUUGUAGUACCAAAGACCCGAAGAUCAUGGUUCACCCGGUGGUGGUGACAGUGUCAGACACCUUGUGGAAUGGCUUGGUGAGAAAUCACUUCCUCCUGUCGCGGUUGUGGUUCUUGGUCAGUCUUCUCGUCUUCAUGUUGAGCGAAUGUAUUCUGCCCAAAGAGAGAGCCCUGGAAGGGGUUUACAGCGUGCGAGUUGUAGUGUUCUUUGGGCGCACCUUCAUGUACGUGGUGACCAUGGCGAGAUUACUCACCAGACUCUUUUGGAAGGGCUGCAAGGAUCUUCGCCGGGGCAAGUACAAGAAGGUUCUGAGAUGCAUUCCGUUGCCAAAGUCCUUGCACAAUGCAAUGGCACUGGGCAAUUUAACUCUGGCGGUUCUUCUCCUGCUGAUGUUCUGCUACGAACCAAUGUAUCACUGCUUAGCCUCUGCCCCAGAAGAGUGGCCCACCUACUACUGUGAUGAUGUGGAGGACCUGCGGUGGACCUACUCAGCUUUAGGGCUUUUAGCUAUGGCCGUGCAUUGGUUUUUGAUGGUUGACCUCGCUGUCUUCUCGACGGGCUUGUCAGCCUUCGUCCUAGUGUGUGCGCAGGUGCUGAGUGAAAUCGGCCGCUUCCUUGUUGCCCUGGUCUUCCUGCUGCUCACGUUUGGAAGUGCCAUCAGUGUGCUUGAACAUCCUUACUUUGAGAUGCGAGACAUUCCGAGCUCGGUACUCUGCCUGUUUUCGAUUACGAUCCUGCUGUAUGAGGAUGAUUACAGAACUUUGAUGGAAGAGCCAGCCUUGCUCACAGCGGUGCUUCUUUUCGUCCUGGCAUCAUCCAUUCUUUUGAUGAACCUGCUGAUUGCUCAGCUCAACAGUAGCUAUGUGUACAUCUACCAGGACAUGGUGGGUUUCGCUCGGUUGAAUCGAGCGCAGAAAAUCGUGGAGGCCUUGUCAAACUUCAAUCGGCGACACUUUGCGAACUUUGUGGCCAGCCUCGGCUUUGACCAGCCUGUGGAGUUCAAUCAGGGUGACGUGGGAGUUGCUGGUGGUUUGCAGCUCACAGAGCCAGCCAGUGCCCACGUGGUUUUGCAGGAUUCCAUUUUGCGCUUUGGUGGUUCGUGCUCCGCCGAGCUGGAGUGGCCUGAGGAGACCAAGAGAAGUGAAGACAAGGAUCAGCUGGGCAAGGUCGAAUCUUUGGCGAAGAAGCUCCUCCGUAGAGUCACGCAGGAAGUCAAAACCAAAGGGGGCCGAGGUGGAUCUAACCUUGGCUCCGGGCGACAAGGCAGCAAAGAAACCAGUGAGUCGCACCAUGCCUCAGAGGCGUCGGGUGUCGAGGACUGAUCCGCAAGGUCUCAUCGCCUUGUCUCCAUGGUCGUUUCACUGUAGGUUCCCAGGCGCCUUCGCAAAGUGAACGCGCAAUCAGCGAUGUUUCGUUUUCGCAAACUGCGGACCAGCAGUGAGCCAUUGCACCAGAUUACCAUUGGCAGUCUCAGUCAAGACGCGCGCCUUUGUGACGGAGAUGUUUGAAUGGC